AGCUCAACCGAUCUCGGGAUUUACGUCACGUACGCUGAGAGAUAUCAAUCUCCCGAAGUAAUCAUGUCAACGCAGCUGGCCGCGGCAGUCGCAGUCAUCCCGUUUACCUCCAAGGUCCUUGGGGAAGCACACCCAUUGUGGGCCGUGCACUCAUUUGAUCGCGUGAGUCACCUUGCUUCUCCUUAG